AUGUCUCGUCGCCAAUCGAUUUCUCUACUGAAGAAUCUCGGGUCCAGAAUCCAGACCCGAUCCGUGACGUACAUGCCUAGACCCGGCGACGGAAAGCCACGACCGGUGACGUUGAUUCCCGGAGACGGAAUCGGUCCGUUAGUGACGAAAGCGGUGGAGCAAGUGAUGGAAGCGAUGCACGCGCCGGUUUACUUCGAGCCGUUCGAUGUUCACGGAGACAUGAAGAGUUUACCGGAAGGAUUACUGGAAUCGAUUAAGAAGAACAAAGUUUGUUUGAAAGGUGGACUCAAGACUCCCGUUGGUGGUGGUGUGAGCUCUCUCAAUGUUAAUUUGAGGAAAGAGCUUGAUCUCUUUGCUUCUUUGGUCAACUGUUUCAAUUUGCCUGGUUUACCUACUCGUCAUGAGAACGUUGAUAUUGUUGUGAUUAGAGAGAACACUGAAGGUGAAUAUGCAGGUCUUGAACAUGAAGUUGUUCCUGGGGUUGUUGAGAGCCUUAAGGUGAUAACAAAGUUCUGUUCGGAGCGUAUUGCAAAGUAUGCGUUUGAGUAUGCUUACUUGAACAACAGGAAGAAAGUUACGGCAGUGCACAAGGCCAACAUUAUGAAACUUGCUGAUGGAUUGUUCUUGGAAUCUUGUCAAGAGGUUGCUAAAAAGUAUCCAAGCAUCGCCUACAACGAAAUGAUUGUUGAUAACUGUUGUAUGCAACUCGUAGCAAGACCAGAGCAAUUCGACGUCAUGGUAACUCCAAAUCUCUAUGGUAAUCUAAUUGCAAACACUGCUGCUGGUAUUGCUGGAGGCACUGGAGUCAUGCCUGGAGGAAAUGUUGGGGCGGAGCAUGCAGUCUUUGAGCAAGGUGCAUCAGCGGGAAACGUGGGAAAGGCCACGGCGGAAGAGCAAAAGAAUGCAAACCCUGUGGCGUUGCUGCUCUCAUCAGCCAUGAUGCUUAGACAUCUUCAGUUCCCUUCUUUUGCGGAUAGGCUUGAAACCGCUGUGAAGCGUGUCAUCUCUGAAGGAAAGUGUCGGACUGAAGACCUUGGCGGAAAAAGUACUACUCAAGAGGUUGUUGACGCGGUCAUUGCAAAUUUGGAUUGA